AUGGACGACAUGGUCUCGUCAUCGCCAACAACUAAAGCUUGGUUUGAUGUCUUGAAGUGGCUGCCAACACGCUCUGUUAUGGAGUUGAGAUUUUGCAGGGAGUGGCACGGAAUGAUCAUGAGUGACUGUUUUAUCCGGUCACAUGGUAUCCAUGCAAACAUGAAAAGCAGCCCGCGGAUCAAGUUCGUUAUUGAUCCUCGCUUCGGCGUCUAUCUGGAUAUGGAUAAAUGCGAGGGUGAAGGUGCACUACAGCCGGUAUAUGGUAUUGUAUGCUCCCAGCUUUGCCACGACCUUAAUGUGGGAAGCUGCAAUUCCUGGGGCUUUGUAUGCAAUCCUACUAUAGGUUAUUAUGAACACAUGCCACUUGAAGGAAACGACGGCACCUUCUUUGCUGGUCGCAUUGGUUUGGGGUUCGACAUGGAGAUUAACAAGCAUAUCUUGGUGCGUAUCAUCUAUAAAGAGAAGAACCUGGAAACAAGACAUUACGAACUGCAAUGUAAAACGCGUUAUUUGAAUGAACAGCAGUGGCAUUCAAUAGACCCUCCUUCUAGACCAAUUGCUGGCACGCCGCCCACGUUCGUUGAUGGCAAGAUCUACUUGAUGGUAGAUCCUAACCUCGGACCAGUUUCUGCGAGUUGCGAAAUAGUGGCAUUCAACAGGCGAAUUUGA